AUGAAUAAACAAAAUCAAUAUGAUAAAAAACAUAAAUUUACACAACAGAAAAAUGAUAAUAAUGAUGAUGAUGCACAAAUUGAAAAAACAUUAAAUUUUUUUGAUUCAAUUCUUAAUGAAUAUCUAUAUGAUCAAGAUAUAACAGAUGAAAGUAAAAUUGAAAAAUCUUAUUCACAAACGAAAUCUACAAAUAAUAUUGGCAUUCAAGAAACUAAACAAGAUUUUCAUGUAAGUUGAAAUUUAUUUUUGAACUUAAAGAUUAUUGUUUUCUUUUUGAAUUAGUUUACUUUGUGUAUUCUUUAUCUUUCUAUGAUAAAUGCUAAUAAAUCAUAUUCAUUUUUUUUCAAAUUUUUAAUUCUUAUAUAAAAAAACGAAAUUCAUGUAGUUCGCUGUCAUCAUUUGACUUUAUACUUUAGUUGCCAAGUAUGUUUCUAUAAGAUUAAGAUAAAUUUGCCCAUUCAAAGCACAGAGACUUGAAGCAUUAUAUAUGUAUACGACACACAGAUUCAAAUAUGUCAUAAGCCAAAUAUACACAGUCGAUUGAGUGGAAACAAGAGACAUGCGGAUUGUAUUUUUUUUUUAUUGUGGUUGUUAUAAAUUCUUUUCUUAAGAUUUCGUUCUUGUCUUGGUUUCGAUCUACCUUGAUCUUGGAGAUGGAAUGCUUGAAAACUUUUGACUCUUGUUAUUUAUUUAUUCAAUCAAUAAAUACCACACAUAUGUUAUUCUCUCAAUAGGUUUUCGUCUGAUUAAGGUGACAUAUAGAGUAAUUCAUCCUGAAAUAAUUGAGCAUCUAAAUACGACUUUUGGUUUCAAUCCUGUACACUUCAACUACCAACACCAAGAUCGCAGGACAGAUAAAAUGAUUUUUUGUGGCAGAAAAAACUGUGAAGGUUUCGAGUAGGAAAUGAGAAGACAAAGUCAAAAAAAAUAAAUAUUAAAUAAUUAACCUACGGCGAGACAGUCUUGCCACAAAGUAUUCAUUUAUUUUUCCACUAAUAAAAGACAGCGUGUUAGAAUGAGAAUUUUUUGCUAUUUCCGAAUAUAUUUUCAGAUUUUUCCUCUGAGUUAAUUAUGAAAAAGUCCAAAACUAUGUCUGUACAAAGCAGAAAAGCUGUUUUGAUGCAGUACUUAGUUUGUGUUUAGGAACAACUUCGAGUCAACAUAACUGUAGAGUACUACAUUCUGUACAAAAUGAGAUUUUACAAUAAGCAAAAUCAUAUCUAUACGUUUCCACUAAUGGACUCACUUCUAUGGAAAUCGACAUUGGCAAAAAUAUUACGUUUUCAAAAACUGCUUUUAAAAAUACAAAAGUUUGAAAAUAUGUCAUGCAAAAAUAAUUAGAACCCUUUGUAGAGCAAACAAAACUGACUCAUUAAAAGCUGUUUUGCAUUUUGAAUCUAAUAGGUUUCAAUCGAACAUAUAAAAUUGUUCAAAAUAGUGUUUUGAAUUUUUUAAAACAAUCCGAUGAUAGUUGUUCACUUUUACUUCAGAACGAAAUUCUGAGCCCAUAUUCAGAAAGAACAAAAAAGUCUGAUUCUAACUAACUGCUUUUGGCUCUAAGGCAGUUGUCUCUAAGUUUUCGGAAAGGGAGUGAAUAUUUUAUAACAAAGAUUUUCACAUCAUAGGUUAAAGUUCCCACAGAAAAAAUUGGUUUUGGCCUAGAUACAUUCAAAUCGCAUGAAGUUUUCAGGAGAUAUUCAUUGAACCGAAAUCAAGGAUAGCACAAUAGGCAGCCCGAUGUUCAAUAUGACAUUCAUUCUGUAUAUUUGAUUUUUCUUUUGCUUCAAAGAGUAUCUUAAGCUGCAGGAAGUGACAGAGCCAAUUGUUAAAAUUCUUAUUAGUUUUUCUUGAAUGAAAAGGAUGACAAGUUUAAUA